AUGAUCUGUUCGGCUGCUCAGUCUUUCCCAUUUUCGUUUGGUCGACUGCCAAACUGUUCCACUUUUCGUCUGUUCAUCUUUUCAUUUGUUCGACUGUUUAACCGAUCGGUUUCUCGUCGGUCCGACUGUACCAUUUUUCGACUGUUUUGCUUCGCGUGUGUUCAUUCGUUCAGUUCUUUGCUAGUUCGGCUCUUCGUCUGUCCAGCUGCGUUGCUGUCUAUUUGUUCAGUUUUUCAGACUUUCUCUGGGUUUUCUGACUUUUCCUCCGGAAAAUGUAAAUUCCGCUUAAGUUCUGCCGACUAUGCAAAUCAACUGAGCCCAUACAACUUUUCUGUUGAUCCCUUUUGUCAUGUGCCCAAUUGCAAGGCGUUGCUUUGGAAUUGGCAACAAUCGGUCGCCGGUCCACCGACCAGUCCCGGACUGAAUGUGGUCGCAAUUAGAGAGGCUCAGAACAUGUCUUUUCUGCUGCCCAUUUACGAGCCGGAAGUGGACUUUUGGUGA